AGAGGUUAAAUGCAAAUGUCAAAGAAUUGAGAGUAAACAAAAUUGUUGGUUGCGAUAAAAUUUGUUUUAAAAUCGUUAAAAUAAAUGUAAGAAUCAAGAUCAGAAUGGCAGAAAAGGAUGCAAAGUCCAUCAAAACAAUACUGCAAAAGCCGGUCAAUUUGGAAUGCAAAGAUUUGUACGAAUAUUUGAAAACUCGAAACACUGAAGUUCUGGAACGCCUGUAUGACUAUCCCACAAUUUGUUUGGCCGUUUAUAGAGAAUUGCCGGAGAUAGCAAGACAAUUUGUAAUUCGGAUUUUAUUCGUUGAACAACCAGUACCACAGGCUGUGAUUUUGUCAUGGGGUUCACAAGUUUACGCAAAGGAACACACUGCUGCGACAACAAUUCUAGGAGAUUUGGGUGUGUGGAGAUCAGCCGCGAUUCCCGGUGGACUGCCAGCAUGGGAACUGUCGGGGACAUUUAAAAAGAAUCUGAAGAUCGCAUUACUCGGAGGUGGUCGCCCGUGGACAAUGUGCAAUGUAUUGGACACAGACUCGAAAGCACGCGACAUUACGUUCCUCGACAAUUACGCAAUGUCCCGAUGGAGAUGUGUGCUUCACUAUAUGGUAGGUGCCGGUGCCACAAAAGGUCCAGAUGGCGAAACGAUAUCGCCGGACGCAGUGCGAAUCUUAUUGAAUGCAAGUUUGAUGAAACGUGACGAAACUGAUGGCAGUCCGGUGAUAACACGGCAAGGCUUUCAAUUCCUUUUACUGGACACACAAGCGCAAGUGUGGCAUUUUAUGCUGCAAUAUCUGGACAGCUGUGAACAGCGCGGAAUGAGUUUACCCGAAUGUUUGUCCAUGAUGUUUCAGUUGAGCUUUUCGACAUUGGGCCGUGAUUACAGUUCGGAAGGCUUGAGCAACAAUCUGCUACAAUUUUUGCAACAUCUCAGAGAAUUCGGACUGGUGUACCAGAGAAAGAGGAAAGCUGGCCGCUUCUAUCCGACUCGACUGGCACUGAAUAUAACGAGUAAAAAUUCGGUAGCCAUCAGCGACGACGAUACGGAACAGGAUAAGGGUCACAUUGUCGUCGAAACAAACUACCGAGUGUACGCGUACACGGAUUCCAAUUUGCAGGUGGCUCUGUUAGGAUUAUUUACGGAAUUGCUUUACAGAUUUCCGAAUUUGGUUGUCGGCGUUCUCACCCGUGACUCAGUUCGCCAAGCGCUUCGUGGUGGCAUAACAGCCGAUCAAAUCAUUAGCUAUCUCGAGCAACACGCACAUCCGAACAUGUUUCUGCGCGAGAACAUUACCAAUUCGAAAUCACCACUGCCACCAACCGUUGUCGAUCAAAUCAAAUUGUGGGAAAACGAACGGAAUCGCUUCACAUUCACCGAGGGCGUUGCGUACAAUCAAUUCCUUUCGCAGAGCGAUUUCAUCACGUUGCGGGAUUACGCCCAAUCGAUAAACGUUUUGAUCUGGCAAAAUGAACGGAAUCGAACGAUGGUGGUGACGAAAAAUGGACAUGACGAUGUGCGUAAAUUUUGGAAACGAUAUCAAAAGGGUGGAUCGUAACGGCUCGGUUUUUUUUCGUGUGGUUCUAGCUGGAACGAGGAUGUAUUUGAAUUAAGUGUAUGUUUUCCAAACAGAAUGUGGUUUCGGAGAAAGUAAAGAUAUUUCGUUGA